CCGGAAUCCCCCAACCUGGAUCUGGCAACCCUGCUUGAGAGCCUGCCCACCUCAGACGGGCUCCCGGGGAGGGCCGCAGCCCGUCCGCCUCCUCACGUGACCGAGGCGGCCCGGCCUCCCUUCCGCCUGGGCCGGGCCUGAGGAGGAGGGCGGCGGCGUCCGUAGCAUCGCGGCUCCUUCCUUCCUACUUUCCCUCCCUCCCUCCCCGCGGCCGGCCAUGGCGGCCCACCUGAGCUCGGGCCGGGUCAACCUGACGCUGCUGCGGGAGGCCGGCCGCAGGGAGCUGCGCGAGUUCCUCGACAAGUGCGCCGGCUCCAAGGCAAUAGUAUGGGACGAGUAUCUGACGGGGCCUUUUGGAUUGAUUGCACAGUAUUCACUUUUAAAGGAGCAUGAGGUGGAGAAAAUGUUUACCUUGAAGCCAGGCCGCCUCCCCCUUGCCGAUGUCAAGAAUAUUAUUUUCUUUGUGAGACCAAGGCUGGAGCUAAUGGACAUAAUCGCUGAAAAUGUGCUCAGCGAAGACAGAAUUCGCUCUCCGCAGAGGGAUUUCCACAUCCUUUUUGUGCCGCGUCGCAGCUUGCUGUGUGAGCAGCGGCUGAAGGAUCAGGGGAUUCUGGGCGCCUUCAUUCACAGAGAGGAGUACAGCCUGGACCUCAUUCCGUUCGAUGGGGACCUGCUGUCGAUGGAGUCGGAAAGUGCCUUUAAAGAAUGUUACCUGGAAAAUGACCAAACCAGCCUCUAUCAUGCAGCAAAGGGUCUCAUGACCUUACAGGCACUCUAUGGAACCAUCCCACAGAUCUUUGGGAAGGGGGAAUGUGCACGGCAUGUGGCAAAUAUGAUGAUCAGGAUGAAGCGGGAGUUCUCCGGAAGCCAGAACCCAAUAUUUCCAGUCUUUGACACUUUGCUGUUGCUUGACCGCAAUGUAGACUUGAUGACGCCUCUGGCCACCCAGCUGACAUACGAAGGGCUUAUCGACGAGAUAUACGGCAUUCAGAAUUCCUAUGUGAAACUCCCCCCGGAGAAGUUUGCUCCCAAGAAGCAGGGGGAGGGUGGCAAGGACCUCCCUACCGAGCCAAAGAAGCUGCAGCUGAAUUCCGCCGAGGAGCUCUACGCCGAGAUCCGAGACAAGAACUUCAACGCCGUGGGCUCCGUGCUGAGCAAGAGAGCCAAAAUCAUCUCGGCCGCGUUUGAGGAGAGGCAUCAUGCUAAAACUGUGGGAGAGAUCAAACAGUUUGUCUCGCAGCUGCCCCACAUGCAAGCAGCCAGAGGCUCUUUGGCUAACCACACUUCCAUCGCGGAGCUCAUCAAAGACAUCACUACCUCAGAAGACUUCUUUGACAAGUUAACAGUGGAACAGGAAUUCAUGUCCGGCGUAGACACUGAUAAGGUCAACAAUUACAUUGAAGACUGUAUUGCCCAAAAGCAUCCCUUGAUCAAGAUAUUAAGGCUUGUUUGUCUGCAGUCCGUGUGCAACAGCGGGCUGAAACAGAAGGUCUUGGAUUAUUACAAGAGAGAGAUCCUGCAGACUUACGGGUAUGAGCAUAUACUGACCUUAAACAAUCUAGACAAAGCUGGACUCUUGAAGCCUCAGACAAGCGGUCGAAACAACUACCCAACAAUUCGGAAAACGUUACGUCUGUGGAUGGAUGAUGUCAAUGAACAGAAUCCCCAUGACAUUUCCUACGUCUACAGCGGCUACGCUCCCCUGAGUGUGCGCUUGGCGCAGCUGCUUGCCCGGCCGGGGUGGCGAAGCAUAGAAGAAGUCCUGAAGAUGCUUCCGGGACCUCACUUCGAAGAGCGGCAGCAGUUGCCAACAGGACUUCAGAAAAAGCGUCAGCAAGGAGAAAACAAAGUCACUCUGGUCUUUUUUCUGGGAGGUGUGACGUAUGCCGAAAUCGCAGCACUCCGGUUUCUGUCCCAGAUGGAAGAUGGAGGCACCGAGUAUGUCAUCGCGACAACAAAAUUAAUCAAUGGGACCAGCUGGAUGAAGUGUCUGAUGGAGAAGCUGGAGGCGCCACCUUUCUAACACUGGAAGUCUGUACAGAAAUCACAGGGCCCCUUCUGGUGUCUUCAAAAGAAGCAGAGGAAUAUACUGGAGAGGGGAAAUGACCUUUGGUAUUGCCACGGGGUGCAAUGCACGAGUCCUGCAGUAGAGGGCUUUACUAGGACCUGAGGCCUCUGGGAGAGGGAAGACUGUAAGGGAAUUAGUGCAUUCCUCCACACUGGUACACCCUGUUGUCUUCAGUAGACUUAGAAGGGUGUAACUGAAGACGGUACUGCAAAAGUCACAUUUAAGACUGAUGUCUAUUUUUCUCACCUUUCUCUGUUGCCUUCCUGCUCCAAGUUCUGUCCCUUGAUACCCUAAUCACGCUCCCUCCCCCCAAAUGUUGCCAUCUUGGUAGACCUGUAGGCUGUUCCCUCUUGGGCCACCAGUGAAUGUAUCUCUCAAUGUUGUCUGUACCAGAAAAAAGAGGAAAGUAUACCCAUACCACAUGUAAAGAUAUCUGAAUCCUUCAUUUGAUGUCAGUGUUUUCCUUACACGCUUCAGAGAUCCGUUGUAAAUGUUUCCAGUAAAGA